AUGUGUUGUGGGACAUACAGUACCCACCUCUGGGCAGCGGCGGGGUUUGUGACCGAAGGUGCCGCACUUUGGGCAGAGCCUGGUGAUGCGGAAGACCAACGUGGUCUGCAACAACCUGGGGGGUCUGGGCCCGCUGCGGGGCCCGGCGGAGCUGCGGUUCCGCGGCGCGGGGUCUUUGGCACCCGUCGCGGGGCUGGGGGGCCGCAACACCUCGCUGGACGUGGUGCUGCGGGUCAAGGAGGGCUAUCGGCCCCAAAGGCCCGCGCUCAACGGCCUGGGGGGCCAUCACUUCGCGGCCGCUGUGAAUGUGGCUGCGGGCACGGAGGCCGUCGUGCAACUGCGCCUGGUGCGCACGCCCAUGCGCCUGGAGGCCAAGGAGGAAGAGCCGAUCGAGGUGUCCAAGCUCUUCGUCUCCAUCUUCGACGCCGAGGAUCCCUUCCAAGGUGUUGCGCCGGGCGAGGUCUUCGUCAAGCACGCGGAGGCGGCGUACUGGCCCAACGGCACCAUGCUGGCUCUGGAGGGCAAGGUCUGGGAAGUGCCCGCGGGCCUCGCCCCCACGCUGCUCUUCCGCAGCUCCGGGGGCUUCGAGGCGACCCUGGCCGCCGCGCCCUCCGCAGGCAAUCUGGUGGGGGGCUCCUGGUUGGGCCGCACCUUCUUCAUCGCCCUGCGCUCCCCGGACGUGGUGCAAGCCGAGCGGAUGCCAGGAGUCUCGCUGCGCUCCACGUCGACGUCGCUGGCUCCGAGCGGAGGAGCUGUUGCUUCCGGCGCGGCCGCGUCGGCCGCGGCGGCUCUGGCGAGCGCGGCUCUGUCAAAGGAGCUGGGGCUGGGGCAUAUGCUGAAGCUGGAGCCAUCACAGGUGCGGUACAACAAUUUGGGGGGCCAGGGGCCUGGGCACUUGGACGAGCCCUCCAUCAUGCGACUGGAGAAGGUGGCGGCCCAGAACGGCGAGGACUUGGAUCUGGUGGUCCAGGUGCGGGGCUCCUACCAGCCCUCCGCCCCCAACGGCGUCAGCCACGGCGCCUUGCUGGUCACU